GAUCCUCCCCUUCUUCCAUGGCGUCCUUCUCUAACCCUAAUCCUAGUCUCCUCCUCUUCUCCCUCCUCCUCCUCCUCAUCUCCUGCGGCUGCGCCGCCGCCCUGGAGGCUGCGCCGGCGUCGCCGUCGAACGGGACGACGGUGUACGAACUGCUGCCGCAGUACGGCCUCCCAGCGGGGCUCCUUCCGGACACGGUGAAAUCCUUCCAGCUGGCCGACGACGGCAGCUUCGUGGUGGAGCUGGAGGGGUCCUGCUACGUGGAAUUCGAAUACCUGGUUUACUACGAUCCCCGGAUCACCGGCGUCGUCAAAUAUGGCAGCAUCGAGGAUCUCCAGGGAAUCCAGGUGCGCCGCUUCUUCAUUUGGUUCGAUGUCGAAUCCAUCAAGGUCGACCUCCCACCCUCCGACUACAUCUAUUUCGAUGUCGGUUGGAUCACCAAGAAGCUCACCGUCGGCCAGUUUGAGACGGUCCAUUCUUGCGAGGCUAACGUGCUGGCCGACCGCGCCAGGAGGGCCGCCGAUAGUUUACUUCAGCUCCCAGAUCCUACGAGAGAUACAAGUAUGCUGGUCACAGAAUAGAUAAAUCUUGAGAUCAGUCAUUGGUAGUUGGUGGUCUGGGGCAUCGUAUGGAUAGCCUUCUCAAGUAUUGGGUUCGCUGAAGGAACUUGUACUGUACUGCUAUAUGUCAAGAUUUACAGUCAUGGAAACCUUAUUGUGGAUCAGAUAUACAUAGUAAGAAACUUCAAUUAUAAGCCAAUCUCGUUUGGAUAGUUGCAUUUGCUGGUUUGCUCUUCCUUCAACCUCAAAGCUUACCAUUCAUGUGACUUAAAUCCAACUAUUUUGGAGUAACCUGAUUUCAUUCUCUUUUUUUUUUUUUGUUUUCCUUUGGCCUGUGUUAAUCAGUUAUAUGCUGUGAUCACGGUAGGCCGUUCUGUGGAUUGCCAAAUUUCCAUAUCCAAUGGUUAAGAACUUAAGAUGACUGAGAACUGGACUAUUUAACUUUCCCUGGAUGAACCUAUGUAUCUACUGCUUUGAAGCGUUGGUAAAGCUUUUCGUGAUUGGAUCUCUUUAAUUUCUGACAUGUUCUGGUCAUGUAUAUUAGGAUUGUGUCAGGCCCUUUUUUGCAUGAAAUCUGAUGGCAAUGGAUGUAUUUGUCCUUGGGUGAAG